AUGAUUGAAGAAGAGAGGGUAGUCAAGACACCAGUGGAAAAGCAGCCACAAUCCGUGGUUGCAAAGCCACCACCUCCAUUCCCUCAACGUCUGGAAAGACAGAAAGAAGCGGCUACUUACAAGAAGUUUCUUGAUUUUCUGAAGCAGGUACACGUGAAUGUCUCAUUGGUUGAUAUGCUGCAGGGUAUUCCAAUGUAUGCUAAGUACAUCAAAGAUAUUGCUGUUGCCACUAAAUUGAAAGAUCCCGGAAGUUUCACGAUUGAGAUUUCUAUUGGGAAGCAGGUUGUUGUUCGAGCACUAUGUGAUCUUGGUGCAAGUAUAAAUCUGAUGCCUUCAUCUAUCUUCAGAAAGCUAGGUUUGGAAGUGCCCAGACCAAUCACUAUAGUUCUUCAGCUGGCGGACAAAUCGUUAGCAAGACCAGAAGGCAUUAUUGAAGAUGUACUAGUGCAAGUGGGGUCGUUGAUAAUUCCUGCAGACUUCGUGAUUUUGGACUUCGAGCCAGACCCAGAAGUCCCAUUUAUUUUGGGGCGUCCAUUCUUAGCCACAGGGAGAGCACUUAUUGAUGUAGUUGCCGGGCAGCUCACCAUGAGAAUACAUGAUAAAGUUGAGGUCUUCAAUGUAUACCAAGCUCUGAAUAUGCCUGCAAUCUAUGAGGAGCUGUCCGCCAUUACUGUUCUAAAUGAUGAUACACGAAGGCCACUCAUCACUUCUCAUGAUCCAUUAGAGAGAGCCUUGGUGGGGGAUGAUAUUUUUGGUGACACGGCGGCAUUUGAGAUGGUGCAAAUUCUGGAUAUGGCAAGUAUUUAUAUUCGGGAAGGCGAGUUUGAGCACUUAGACAGGACAAUGGGAGUAACUCCGAAGUUAUCAAUUGAAGAGCCUCCGAAGUUGGAAUUGAAGCCCUUGCCCACCCAUCUUAAAUAUGCAUUCUUAGGCGAGGGUGAUACCUUUCCAGUGAUAUUAGCAACAGAGUUGACCACCGAAGAGGUUAGUAUUUGUUUGGAAGUAUUGAAGUCUCACAAAAGGGCAUUGGGGUAG